AUGAAAGUUGAAUCUACUUUUACUCCAGAGUACUCGAAUGAAUUACUUAAGAGAGUAUCCGAUACCUACAACAAUGAAAUUAAAGGUCAUUUUCCUCAAUUACGGUUGACGAAACUCAUUGAGAUGUUAGAGCAUACAGCAUAUUUAUUAGAAUCAUAUUUGGAUUUAUUGCAUGAGCAGAAAUACGAUGAAUGUCUUUCUGCAUAUAUCGUUGGUUGUUUCUACUUAUAUUUAAUUAUUCCAAAUUCAACACAAUUCCAAAUUAGGAAUAAAUCAUUUAGAAUUUACAAUGAAUUAAAAAUAUUAUAUCAAAACCAAGCGAAUAUGACAAAUGUCUUAGCAAUUGUGAAAAAUGAAGUCGACUCUAUUUUAGACGAAUCAAUUUUAGAAUUAGAAGGUAUAGAAAAAGUUAUUAAACGUGAUAGAGCGUAUUCAAGUCCUGCACCAAAGGUAAACAAUAUCUCUAAAUUUUCAAAAUUAUCGAUUAAUGAUAAUCAUCAUAAUGGUGAAACUAUUUCUACUGAUAAUAAACUGCAAUCACAUUUUCCACAAACUCCAAAUUAUUCAAAUAGCAAUAAUAGCACAGGAAGCUUCAACAAUGUUAAAAGUAAUAGUAAUUCAUCUGAGGAAGCUGAAGACACAGCACCAAUUUGGCAUAUUCCUUCAUUAGAACCCAAUGAUCAGCUAAAAUUAGCUUUAGAACAACCGGUAGAGUUUUCUGAUGAGGAAAUUGAUGCAUCAAGUAUUUCUGAACCUUUGGGACGUCGUUAUUCGCCAUUAUCACCAUACCAAAAAAAAAGAAAUUCCAGUAUAUCUUCUGCUUUUUUGGUCCCAUUUCCUCACAAUGAGAACGAUAAAGUUCACGAUAAUUCAAUGUUAAUUGAAGACUUACCUGUUGAUAGAUCAGUAACACAUCGUAAGGAUUCUUAUCAUUCAGUUUAUAUGAAUAAUCAAGAUGAGGAAUCCGAUUCAGGCGCGCAUUACGGAUUAUCCAACAGCUAUAUUCAGAGUAUGGAUAGAUUACAAAAACAGAAUGUUAUAACAUGUUCGGAAUUAUAUUCUAUUUUAUCCAGUCCUACCGAAAGACAGAAACUAUUGUUGGUUGAUUUAAGAAUACCCAAGGCAUCUAGAACAAACCAUAUCAUUGCUCCUCAUAUCAUAAAAAUCGAUCCCAAUUUGUUAUGGAAUGAAGAAACUCAGACACCAAUAUAUUCUUUUGAAGAGCUUGUUAAAAGAAUCAAUAAUCCAUUAAUUUCAGAGGUAAACAAAUUUGAUUAUAUUGUUUAUUAUUCAGAUAUAAGAACUUUUAUGGUGACGGAUUAUGAUUUUUGCUUUACAUUUUUCUAUUUAUUAUUGUCAACAAAGUCCUUAAAUUUAAAACAGGUACCGACAAAUUUACUUGGAGGUUUUGAAAAAUGGAAAAAAGUGCUGAAGACAUACAAUAAAGAAUAUGGCAUAGAUAUAACACCUUUUAUUAAAAAACUUCAUGCUACAGAAUUAAAUAAAAAUACUGUACCAACUGGUGAAAUGAAGACACUAGAGGCAACGUCUUGGAAGCAGCCUGAAGUUCCUCUAAGAAUAAGGAAGAGACCUCCUCCACCUCCACCAUCGAGCAUACCUGAAAUUCCUUCAACCUAUCAAAACAAUGAAUUGACAACGCUAAUAGAAGAUAAGCGGCUAGAAAAUAUAGACGUGCAGGGAAAACACAGACGUAUCGAAUACAUAUCACCUCCAAUACCACCUAGAACACCUAGUCCCAACCAUCAACCCUCUUAUAACCAAAAGAAGCAUCAAUAUAAAGCUUUAAAAUCUUAUGCUACACCGGUACCAACAAUUGAGCAAAAUCCAAACACCUACGUUUCAUUAUCUAUCACAGGUUUGCGUAAUUUGGGUAAUACAUGUUACAUAAGCAGUAUGUUACAAUGCCUAUUUGCAACUACUACUUUACGUGAUUUAUUUAUUACAACGAAGUACGAAUCAUACAUUAAUCAUAAAGUUACUGAUAAAAUAAAUCUAUCCAGAUCAUUUAGUAUCUUAUUUAGAAAGAUGUAUUUGAAUGGUGGCUGUUCAGUGGUACCAGCAAGUUUUCUUAAAACUUGUAAUCAACUCAGGCCUGAUUUAAAGAUACCCGAUGAUCAACAAGAUACACAAGAAUUUUUAAUGUUAGUUUUAGAUAGACUACACGACGAGCUUUCAAAAGAAGAUACUGUAUUGAAUGAUUAUUCUAAUUUACUAUUAUAUGAUGCAGAACGUAUGCACGUGAAAGUUGAUCAGUACAAAAAAUGGUUUGAAAAUUCAAAUUUAUCUGGCGGUGUAUCACCUAUAGAUGAUAUUUUUCAAGGUCAGAUCGAGAAUAGUAUAAACUGUCAAAGGUGUGGAUAUAGCUCAUUUAAUUAUUCAUCUUUUUACGUACUAUCAUUAGCAAUUCCUAAAAUUUCUGUGAUGUCGUUUUCAAGGACUAAUAGAGUCAAGUUAGAAGAUUGUAUUAACAUGUUUACGAGAGAUGAAGUUUUAUCUGGAGAAAAUGCUUGGGAUUGCUCCCGUUGCGGUUCGCAGAGUGAUAACUUUGUAAAGACAUCGCAUAAUGACCACCAUAAAGAGCAUACAUCUGAAACUACGGAUGAUUCAAAACAAAAUAGAAAAUCUAGGUUAUUUUUAUUACCAAAGAAAUAUAACCCUACAAGUAGAUCACUUUCGCCAUUUGGUAGACAUUCCUCACAUAAAUCUUCCGAGAAAUGGAAAUCAAAAAAGAUGGAAACUAUUAAAUCAUUAAAUUUUAUAAAAAUGCCCAAAAUUUUAGUCAUCCAUUUAUCGAGAUUCUUUUAUGAUAUGAGCAAGAAAAAUGAAACUGUUGUUGCAUAUCCUUUGAUUCUUAAUAUUGUACUGAAAAACGAAGAAGUUUGUAAAUACAGAUUGUAUGCUAUUGUUAAUCAUAUGGGGAAUCAAGUUGCAAGUGGUCAUUAUACGACCUUAGUCAAUAAAAACCGUAAUCACGAUUUGGGUAAAAAUGAACAACAAUGGUACUACUUUGAUGAUGAAGUUGUAAAACAUGAGUUAAACCAUGGUAACAUUGAUGAAGGUGUUAAUAAAGUUUCCAGCAGCCAUGUAUAUGUACUGUUUUAUGAAAAAAUUGAUUAA